AUGCCCACAGAAUCUAUAACAUCCACAUUUACGUCGUCAACACCAGCCAGCAGUUCUUCGCUUAUACCAGCUACUGGUAUAGUGACAUUACCUAUGCCGGAGGCAACAAUUGUUCACUCAGGCCCCAGUCGAGGAGCCUUCAUCGGAGGUAUUGUAGGUACUGUGGUUAUUGCGCUGCUCCUUUUCAGCGGCGCAUUCUUCUGGUUCCAUAUUCGGCGCAAGAGGAAGAAAGAGGGAAAAUGGAGAGGAAGCUGUGCGGUGCUGUUAUGUCGGCAUCGGAAGGAGACCGCGGAAAGUAUCACCAGCCCAACCAUAGAGAAGGCUCCAGAGCCAGAACCCUGUGGUGAACCAUGCGGCGAGCUUGAUGGAAGUAAAUGUCGGGCAGAAAUGUUUGCUCCUUCAGAGGGCUCCAGCUUUGCUGGAAGUCCGAGAACAUAUGUCGAUUCUCCUUCUAUCGGCUCCUCAACAACUAUCACCCCCAGCACACAUAGCAUAGCCUGGUCGAAUGAAAAGAUCGUCUCGCAAGGCACUGUCUCGACUCCAUUACGAGGCCUUGGUACUUAUUCUGCCGUACGUCCUGGGAAUGCUAUAACCACCAUUUCAGAACUCCCAGCUACCACCAACCCACCGCAACCACCAGUUCCGCGAGAGCUAGAGGGCUCUUCCACCGCCGAAUUCUCCCCUCAUAAAUCUUCACUCUCACCUACAUCACAACAGGUAUCCCAGAGUGUGAAAUUAACUGUAACGACACCCGAGGGCGUUGUCUUACGGCCGAACCUACAUGAUUCCCCAGCUCAGCAGCACCCACAAUGCCAGGAACUCGAAACACCACCACAUGUGAUGAGCUUCAUGGAUUAUCCAGACAAAUCUCACAAGAGAGAUGAGCCUUCUUCAUAA